AAUGUAUCAAAAUAGUAAAUAGUAAUUGAUAAUGAUUGUAUUUGCAGAAUAAUAAUUUUUCUGAUGAACAUUCAAUAGGUAUUACGUACAUACCUUUAUGUUAUAAAAUAAAAAUGAACAAGAUAUGCAGAAUUUGUUUAGAAGAGGGUGUUCUGUCGUCAAUAUUUACAACAAAUUAUAAGUUAUCUGUAUGUGAUAUGAUUGAAUUUUGCACAAAUAUAAAGAUUCAGAGACACGACGGUCUUCCUGACCAAAUGUGUAGUAACUGUGCCUAUAAACUAGGCAUAGCAUUUCAUUUUAAGCAGGCAUGUGAAAGUUCAGAUAUACGUCUCAGGCAGUACUUGGGUCUGGAAGCAGUACCAAAACACUGUGAUGCCGUCACAAUGACUGACCCUAUUGUCCCUAUUACUAGAACAAUAAUAAAGAAAUGCAAAUGUACAAAGGUUGAACAAAAGAAAUACAGUAACUAUAAGAAAAAGCAGGAAUCUGAGAGGCUAAAGUGUGGACCUAAGCCAAAACCAAAAAAGAUAAUUGAAUGUUACAAUUGUCAGAAGCAAUUCCGAUGUCAGGCUCAAUUGGAUAUGCACAUAAGAACACACACUGGGGAUAGACCAUAUUCUUGUAUGUUUUGUUCAAGAAGUUUUACACAGAAACAUAAUCUUACAAUACAUAUGAGGCUUCACACAGGGGAGAAACCUUUUCAAUGUGAAAUAUGCAGCAAAAGUUUUUCAGCUCAAGGAAAUCUACAAGCACACAUAAAAGCACACAAAGGACAGAAAGAUCAUGUAUGUGCAGUCUGUAAAAAAGGAUUUGUUACUUCAAGUGAACUCACAAGACAUAUGUCCAAACAUACGGGCAUUAGAAAUUUCAAAUGUGAUAUUUGUGAGAAGUCUUUUUCACAGAAAAGAGACCUUAAAUUACAUAAAACAAGAAAACAUGGCUGCCCAAUGGUUGACUGUCCAAACGAAGCUUUCAACAGUAACAUAGACAUUAUUAAUGUUGACGAAGCUAAUUUGCCAACAAGUAUUAAAACCCCAGGUCAUUAUUUACAUGUAGACAAGCCUGCACAGGAUGCUAGUAUGUUGACAGAAGACAACCCUUACAAUCAGAAAACUUUAAACUUUUCACAUUCAAUAUUUGGAUAAGAUUUUAUUAAAGCUACUUAAUAAGA